AUGAAGGCGAUACCUUCUACUUUGCGUCGCUCGAAGCGUAUCAACAUCUCUAGCAACAGAUCCCGCUUCUUUAUGGCAGUACCGGAUCAACAUCCUCCACAGCAACAAGCAGACGCAGCCGUGACGCCUGGAGCCUCGACGUUCGUGAAUAACCACAGCCAAACUUCAGCGUCUCGAAAGCCAUUGGGGCUCAAUUAUGGCAGUAUCCGCAGGAGCUGGAGAGGGUACAUGGACAAAUUAGCGCCCUUCCCAAAGCUGCAGCAAGUUGCGCUCGAAGCAGCAAGCUUCUUCACGAAGCCAGAGGAACUGGAGUUCAAUUUACCCCGGAAUUUUCAUGCCAAGUACACGCUUGGAAACAAACUGGGCGAAGGAGCAUUUGGAGAAGUGUAUUGCGUUCUUCCAAUGAAACAAGAGACACGUGGUAGUGAAUUGCAAUUGGAUCUGGCAGUGAAGAUCGUACCGAAGUCUCGUGUCGUGAGUCGCAAGGACUACGCAGCGUUGAAACAAGAAGGACGCAUGAUGGUGUUAUUAGGUGGAACGCUGAACGUCGUACACUUCUUCGGAGCGUAUGAAGAUGAUACAAGUGUGUAUUUAGUAAUGGAGCGUUGUGUCGGUGGAGAUGCAUCGUCCAGGUUAUCCGGAGAGAAGGAGCUGGAUCUAACGGCUAACCCCAAGCAAGAAGAGCGAACAAAGAUGUACAUGAGAGACAUCCUCCACGUGGUAUGGCAGUGUCAUUUACUACGCAUUCUACACCGAGAUCUCAAGCUCGAGAACUUCUUGUUCGCGGACACCAAAGACGACAGUCCACUCAAAUUGACUGACUUCGGCGGAGCAGCUUUCCUGGAUGAAGGCCAGUUCUUACACGAUGUUCACGGUACUCCACUGUACACAGCACCCGAAGUGCUCAAGCACAAGUACGGUUACCCGUCGGAUCUCUGGAGUUGUGGGGUGAUUUUGUAUCGUCUGUUGAGUGGACGCUUCCCGUUCGAGUCUGGACCGCUCCUGGAUGAACGUAUUCUACACGAGGAGAUUGAUCUGGAAAGCCCGCCAUGGACUGGUAUUUCAGACGAAGCGAAGGAAUUAGUGAGCCAAUUGUUGGAACGCGAUGUGUCUAAACGGUUGACCGCAGAACAAGCACUCAAACAUCCAUGGCUUGCUCCGAGUGCUCCUUUGUCUGCUGAAGCGUUAACGACAGCUUCGGCUGCUGCUAAAGAGGCUACGAAGGGUAUUUCAGGGCCACCACUAAACGGUACACUGGUACAAAGGCUACAACUGUACCGUUCGCUCAACAGUCUGCAACGUGCUGUUCUUAACGAGGUUACUCGGCUGCUGCCUCUUGCGUUAAAGCAAGACGCGCUGGUACUGUUCAGUGAAGUUUCACGUGAUGGCAGUGAGAGAGUAGGGCUCGAGGAGUUUGCAGCGUACGUGGCUGCAGGUGGUUAUCGCCUUACUAGAGGCGAAGCAAAGGGCUUCCUGCGCAAUCUAGAUCUGGACGGCAAUGGUUUGUUAUCUCGCGACGAGUUCUGUGCUGCGUUGCUAGAUUGGGCGCAGCUUCAAAGCCAACACCCCGAUGAUUUUGCAGACUGUGCGAACCAGGUUUUCGACAUGGUGGACGAGGAUAAGGACGGUCUGCUGACGCUCGAAGACGUGGCCGAGCUGACGCCAUUCCAGGAAAGCGGGAAACACUUGCACUCGUUCCGGAACGACCUGGACCGCUGCUUCCAGUACACUGAUCGAUCGGGCAGAGGCGCUAUUGACAAGGAAGAUUUCAAACACAUGCUGCGCAUUCCUGCAGGCGCGUACACUCAUUUCCCUCGUCGACUCAGAAUCUGA